AUGUUUUCAGCCGUUCGUCGAAGUUAUUCCGCAUGGACAAUUAAUAGGAAUGCGCCCUUUGAGCUUUAUCAAAAGGCAUGUUUGCCGUCGGUUCGUUCUGUUCUUUCUCCUCAUUCUCCGACAAUCACAUUGCGAACGAACGCGCACAUGACACCUUCACAUACAAUGCAUCAAAAUGGCUUGCUUCGAUUACCAGUACCAACCUUAGCUGAAACAGCGCAAAAAUACUUGAAAACAGUUGCACCCUUGUUGAACAACGAUGAAUUUAAUGACACAAAAAAAGUUGUUGAGCAGUUUCAACAUGAAAGUGAACCUUUACAAGAAUUGUUAUUAAAACGAGCACAAACAGAAGACAAUUGGUUAUCACAAUGGUGGCUUGAUAAAACUUAUCUUGAAUGGCGUUUGAAUCUACCGAUCUUUUACAAUCCAGCUCUGGUAUUUCCUCGACAGCCAUACAAAGAUUUCGAUGGACAGAUUCAAUUUGCAGCUAAUUUUAUACACGGUGUUCUUCGUUAUCGAACAUUGAUUGACAAUGAUCAGUUGCCGAUUGAUCGUUUUGGUAAAGAUCCACUCUGCAUGGAUCAAUACAAAAAAUUAAUUGGCACAAACCGAAUUCCAGCCGACCGUAUCGAUCGACUCCAUGUGUAUAACAAAUCUGGUCAUCAUCAUGUCGCUGUGUUCUAUCACAAUAAUGUCUAUCGGCUUCCUGUGUACGAUCAAGAGAGAAAUCCGCUAUCAGCUGCAGCAAUUUAUAGUCAUUUGAAAAAAUUGGCUGAUUCCAAAGAAACGAAUGAUCAGGCAACAUUAAUUGGACAUUUAACGGCAGAUGAACGACAACUGUGGGCGCCGAUUUAUCAGCAAUUAUCAUCAAUUCCAGAAAAUAAAGAAUUGUUUGAUACAAUCAAUGAUAGUGUGCUCGUUUUAUGUCUUGACGAUACUUAUGAAACAUCUCCUACGGGAGCAACGAAGAAAGAUAUUCAAUCCAUUGCAGGAUACAAUCUUUUACACGGUAACGGAACCAAAUCGAACACUGCUAAUCGAUGGUUCGACAAAACACUUCAAGUUAUCGUCAGCCCUGAUGGCUAUUGUGGUCUGAAUUAUGAACAUUCAGUAGCCGAAGGUGGAAUGAUUACAGCUCUAGUGGAUAAUGUUCUUGAUUAUUGGUUUGUUGCUUGUAUUGCAAGUAAAGCAGCACAGCCACUCGUCCAAACAGGUCAAUCAUCAUUGUUAAGCAAAUGCCGCGUGAUUGUACCGAAAGAGGUGGAGCAAUCGAUUGUCGAAAGUGAAAAACGUGUUAAUAAAUUUAUUCAAAAUUGUGAUAUCAUCGUUUACAAAUACACGGGUUUUGGUAAACAAUUUGCCAAAGAGAAUAAAUUCAGCAUCGAUGCCAUUAUACAAGUUGGCUUACAAGUGGCUUAUUUUCGAAUGCAUGGAAAAUGUGGUGCUACAUAUGAGAGUGGUUCUCUUCGUCGUUAUCAUCUUGGUCGAACAGAAACUAUUCGAUCAUGUACCUUAGAUGCACUGAAAUUCGCUCGUACUAUGGCUGAACAGCAUAAUGAAACAUCAAGCAGUGCUAAGUAUGAUCUAUUUCAAAAGGCAAUUCAAGCACAUCGACAAAAUACGAAUGAUGCAAUCAAUGCAAAAGGUAUCGAUCGACAUCUAUUAGGAUUGCGAUUGAUUGCUGCGGAAAAUAAUCUACCAAAACCAAAAUUAUACGACCAUGUGAGCUAUAAACGUGCAAUGCAUUUUACAUUGUCAACCAGUCAAGUAGCUGCCAAACAUGAUUGUGUCAUGAUUUUCGGUCCAGCUGUUGACGACGGAUAUGGCUGUUGUUAUAAUCCACGCAAUGAUUCGAUAAAUUAUAUGAUGACAGCAUUCAAAGUCAACAAUGGAGGGACCAAUGUGGAACAGCUUUCCAAUCAUUUUAAUCGCAGUUUAACCGAUAUUCGACAACUAAUCGAACAGAAUUCUAAUAAUCCAAUCAAAUCUAAACUAUAG